AUGGCCGUCAUUAGUACCUUCUUUUGCCUCCUCCUACUGAUCUCCAUCGCGCUAGCCCUUGUCACGCAGGACACUGUCUUCGACGUGGAGUUGUUCCACCGUGACUCUCCCAAGUCACCACUGUACAAUAGCACGAUGACACCCUUCGAUCGCCUACAGGCCGCCGUCGUCCGAUCGAUCAACCGAGCUAGUUACUUGGACAAGCGCAUUGACAUGAAGACCUCCAUCAACAUAGAGCUCGGCUUGAGUAAUGAUGAUGCGGAAUACUUCAUGGGUUUCAAGAUAGGCACGCCAAACACGCAAUCUAUGUUGGGCAUCAUCGACACUGGUAGCGGACUAACCUGGGUCAACAAAGUUGGCUGCAAAUGCUUCAAGAAGAAGACCACCACCCUAUUCAAUCCUAAUGCAUCCCUCUCCUACAAGAAGUUAUCUUACUUAUCCGAUGAGUGCAAGAGUUUUAGUCUGGGUACAAACCAAAAUACUAUCAUUCCAAAUAUAGUAUUCGGUUGCAACUUUCGGUCCUUGAACACCCAAAUUGACGACCCUGGCAGCUUCAUUGGGUUGGGCCCCAGCGGAGCCAACAGCAGGCUCUUCUUGGGACGUGGCAAACAGACGAUCACCGGAAAGACGACUGUCAUGCCACUCAUGACGCAAGACGACUUCUAUGCCGUGCAACUUCACACCAUCUCGAUCUCGGGUGAGUUCAACAUCUUGCAUACUAGGUCCAAGUUGGCGGCCGGCAACAUCAUCUUUGACUCCGACACUGUCAUGACCUUUCUGGACACUCAAGUCUUGAACCAAUUAGUUAGGGAAUUGACGGAUUACGUUAACUUGCCAAUUGUGAAGACGAGGGAUUACAAGUUGUGCUUCAAUGUGUCCUCGACAGAGCAAGAGGAGCAGAUGCCAGGGGUGUUGUUCUCAUUUGAUGGGACAUUGGGAAACUUCAAGGAAGAUAUUUUGGUUGGGCAUGAUCUAGAUAACAUGGAAUUGAUCAUUAUAGAGAAAAAUUGCACUGAGUUAUACAAUCCCUAA